AUGAGCAGCAACCGCAAAAUAACUUUGUUCCCCCCCUUCUCUCUCUCUCUCUCUCUCUUCCUCUUCCAGACCACCAAGGCAUUUCUUCCCAAGAUGCUAGAGAUGAACCAUGGCCACAUUGUGACAGUUGCCAGUUCACUGGGCCUUUUCAGCACAGCUGGUGUGGAGGAUUACUGCGCUAGCAAGUUCGGUGCCAUCGGCUUCCACGAGUCCCUGAGCCAUGAAAUCAAGGCUUCGGAGAAGGACGGUAUAAAGAUGACGCUGGUGUGUCCUUACCUGGUGGACACGGGCAUGUUCAGAGGAUGCAGAAUAAGGAAAGAGAUCGAGCCAUUUCUCCCUCCAUUGAGACCAGAGUUCUGUGUGAAACAGUCCAUGAGGGCCAUCCUGACAGACCAGCCCAUGAUCUGCACGCCUCGCAUUGUAUACAUGGUCAACUUUAUGAAAAGCAUUUUGCCCUUCGAAGCAAUCGUGUGCAUGUACCGGUUCCUGGGUGCAGAUAAGUGCAUGUACCCCUUCCUGGCUCAGAGGAAAGAGGCGAUGAACAACAACGAGGCCAAGAACGGGAUCUAGAGGGCGCCGUUUCUAACCCACAAGGGUACAUUUCUAACCCGCAUGAGGAUAAGACCACUGAGAGGGUAGAAGGAAGUGAAAAGACUGCAUUUAGACUGGUGCACUUGCAUUUGGCAGAUGCAAAGGUUUACCAUAUUGUUCCUCUGGAACAAAGAAAGCUGUGUACUACACUAAGGAUUUAUUUGUUGAUUUAUGUUUUGUGUCUUUUUUAAAGGUUUGUUUAAUGAAACCAUCCAUCUAUAUACUGUCAAUAGUUUUGAAAUCAUACAUGUAAUUAACCAUUUACGUAAUGUAGUCACCAGCAUUUUCUAGCGUCUUUGUGAAACUAUACAGUAUGUUACUGUAUGAACAGUAAAUUCUCGUCACUUUUUUUGUUUUGUUUGUGUGUAGACAUGCACUGUAUUUACUUUUCUCUACACUGCCAACAUUAUCUACAUAGUUCAGCGUGGCACCAUGCCACUCCGUUCCCCAAACCGAUCCAUUUAAAGGCAGCGGCUCAUGUGUCCGAAAGGGUCCAGUUAUGAACCAUGUGAUGUUUUAGAUGAAAUAUUUAGCAUUGUUUCCCCCACCACAUUUCUCUUUGUUGACGUCAUGAGAAGUACAAGUGGGUAAAACGCUGGUCUGUUUCCAGCUGCUGGUGGGAAGGGAGUGUAUUUUUUUACUCUAUAAUCUAGAGGCUUAUGGUAUUUUGCAUAUGUAAAUGUAUGAGCGAGUUGGUCAAUCAGUAGGCAUUGCUUGGUUUUCUUGUGUCACUGAAGGUUAUAUUUAGUUUUACUUGGCCCAUUUUGAACUUGUGAAUUAACUGAAUUUUAUUUUUUUUUGUUACAGAACAAUUUUUUUUCUUUUUCAUAAUUGACUCAUUUUAAAAACUGCAUCACAUUUCAAAUUCGUGUAAUCUACCAGUUUUAGUCAGUAACUAUUUUUUUAUUAUAAUCUGAAUAUAAUGCAAUUUUGAUGUACAGACACAUUAACUUAAUGUUUUUCCUUUUUGUGUAUUCAAACCUGGACCGUUGAAAUGUUUUCACAGAUGUAUGUUUAGGCAAAAAAGGACAGAACACAUGAGUUUAAACUACAUUCCAAUAGGCGCCUUUCACCGACUGUGAUGAGCCUAAAAUCUCUACCUCUUCAUUUUUUUUUUUUUUCGUUUGUUAACAGUAUGACAUACUCUUUUUUUUGUAACUUUC